CUUCGCAUCCUGGGGAGGAGACAUCUAGCGGGGGCGUCCUGAAGGUCAGACUCGCCGCAGCUCUUCGAGGAGUCCGUUCCGAAGUGGGUCCCGGCGCUUUGACCCUGCGAGGGGACUGCGCUCCCCAAGUUGUGUCCUGCGCACCUGGGGGCCAGCACCUGGCGGCGAAGGCGGCUUCUCUUCUAGAUUCAGUGGCUGCGCUCGCUGCGGUGACUUUCCAGAGCCCAGAAAGUAGUUUACCGCUUCAGUCUGGGUUCUGCCGGAAACUGCAUUGGCCUCCAUGUGAAGUCACAGUAGAGACCCGUCUCUGUGCGUUGGGAUCAGGGCGACGGCUCCCUGCUCGUGCCUGAAGAGGGGCUCUGUUCUCCAUGGUGACUGGCAGCAGGAGUAGAGGCUCGUCCUAGAUGUCAGGCACCCCUCCUCCUCGCUGGAGUGCAGCUCCGCUCCAGGCCCCGGCAGAACAGCGCCUGCAGGAGACGCCCCGCGGCCUCAGGAUGCCGGCCACCUAACUUCAUGCGCCCCACCCGCCCCGUCGCCGUGGGUGGCUUACCAUCGGAGAGCCCCGCCAGCUCUGACCCGGGCCCUGCAUCUGCGCCUGCAAUGUCUCUGCUCCACGCGCUGGGCCCCGUGCAGACCUGGCUGGGGCAGGAGCUGGAGAAGUGCGGCGUCGACGCCGUGGUCUACACGCGCUAUGUCCUCAGCCUGCUGCUGCACGACAGCUGUGACUACGACCUCCAGGAGCAGGAGAAUGACAUCUUCCUGGGCUGGGAAAAAGGAGCUUAUAAGAAAUGGGGAAAGAGUAAGCGGAAGUGCUCCGAUCUAACUCUGGAAGAGAUGAAAAAGCAGGCUGCUGUCCAGUGUCUGCGGUCGGCUUCUGACGAGAGCUCCGGCAUCGAGACCCUGGUGGAGGAGCUCUGCGCCCGGCUGAAGGACCUUCAGAGCAAGCAAGAAGAGAAGAUUCACAAGAAGCUCGAAGGCUCGUCCUCCCCAGAGGCAGAGUUAUCCCCUCCGGCGAAGGAUCAAGUGGAGAUGUACUACGAAGCAUUCCCGCCUCUUUCGGAGAAGCCAGUCUGCUUGCAGGAAAUCAUGACGGUGUGGAACAAGUCUCCAGUCUGCUCUUACUCUCGCUCUUCUUCGUCAUCCACGGCGCCCCCAGCCAGCACAGACACGUCCUCUCCCAAGGACUGCAACAGUGAGGGCGAGGCCAUCAAGGGCAGGCGCCAUGAAGCGCCCAGCACCGCCCACGAGGAAGCCCAGAGCAGAAGCAGAGACGAGAAGGAGAACACGCUCAGUCCCGGCACAGCGGACGGCAAGCCUGCUCUGCACAAGAAGCAACCCCGACAUAAACCCGAAGGCAAGGCUCGGCCUCGCACGUGGUCUUCCGGCUCCAGCGAGGCGGGCUCCGGCUCCGGCGGUGACCGGGGAGAGCUGAGAGCGCCCGCGAGGUGUGUGAAGGUGCGACACAAGACCCGAGAAAGUCGGAGCAAGAAAGGGCGGAACGGGCAGAACAGGCUGUCUCUGAAGCCCGGCGAGAAGGCGGACAGAGGCUCGCACGCUGGCGGCGGCGGCGGCUCCAGCAAGCAGCCGUGCAGGCGGGGUAAGCGGCCCUUGAAGGAGAUGGGGAGGAAGGACGCGGGCAGCACGGAGGGCGGAGACCUGUGCCUGGACGGCAGGGACGAGGAGGAGUACAAGGAGGAGCCUCUGUGGUACACCGAGCCGCUCGCCGAGUGCUUUGCGCCCCUGAGCAGGAAGAGCAAGCUGGAGACCACGUACCGCGCCAGGCCGGACGCCGGCGGCCCGGCGGCCGGGGCCGUGGAGGAGCUGUGCCAGUCCGUGCGCGGCCUGUGCGUCGGCGGUGGCGCGGGGCGGAGAGCGCACCUCCCGGCGGGCACGUUCGUCGACGGCCACUUCGUGGAAAUGCCCGCGGUCGUGAACGAGGAUCUCGACCUCACCGGGACCUCCUUCUGUUCUCUCCCAGAGGACAGCAACUACUCGGAUGACAUUCAUCUGUCAGAGUUAACCCACUUCUAUGAAGCGGAUAUCGAUCAAUCCAUGUUGGAUCCUGGUGCCUCAGAGACAACGCAAGGAGAAAGUCGGAUUCUGAACAUGAUUCGACAGCAAAGCAAAGAGACGGCAGAUUUUGAGGCAGAAUGUUGCAUAGUGUUAGAUGGGAUGGAGCUGCAAGGGGAUCGUGCAAUAUGGACAGACCCCGCCAGCCCUUUGGGUGCCGAGGGCUUCUUCCUGCAGGACCUCGGCGGUCUGGCUCAGUUCUGGGACUGCUGCUCGUCCAGCUCCGGCGACGCCGACGGGGAGAGUUUCGGAGGCGAUUCUCCGAUCCGACUCUCCCCGCUCCUGGACCGCGCGCCGCUCGAGCCGCACCCGCUCGCCGGCAGCCAGGAGCGCUUCUCGGAUGCUAACGAAGGAUCUGGCAUCAACUCUUGUUUUUCAGUGUUUGAAGUGCAAUGCAGUAAUUCUGUUUUACCAUUUUCUCUUGAAACACUCAACUUGGGAAAUGAAAAUACGGAUUCCAGUGCUAAUAUGUUUGGGAAAACGCAGUCUAGGUUGCUAAUAUGGACCAAAAAUAGUGCCUUUGAAGAAAAUGAACACUGUUCAAAUCUCUCAACGAGAACGUGCAGCCCGUGGUCCCAUUCAGAAGAGACACGUUCAGACAAUGAGACACUGAGCGUUCAGUUUGAGGAGUCCACUCAGUUUAACGCAGAAGACAUGAAUUACGUAGUUCCUCGAGUCUCGUCCAACUAUGUAGAUGAAGAGCUUCUAGAUUUUUUGCAAGAUGAAACUUGCCAGCAAAACAGUAGAACUUUAGCAGAAAUUCCUACUUUAGUUUUCAAAAAGAGAUCUAAACUAGAAUCUGUCUGUGGUAUUCAGCUCGAACAGAAAACAGAACACAAAACCUUCGAACCUUCGCAGGGAGGAGGCGGGAGCAGCCCGCGUGGCGGCGGCUACAGCUCAGGGGUCAUCAAGGACAUCUGGGCGGAGAUGGCGGGCAGGAGUUCUGUGGCCGCGGCGGACAUCGAGGGGGUGGACGGCGCGCCGUUCCCCACAGACCUAAACAACCCCUGCGGCUGCGUGCAGGCCGCCGCGCGCGUGGGGCCCCUGCAGGCGCCCGGGAGGGCCGUGCAGAGGUCGGAGUACCGCCUGUGGGAGGGGCAGAGGGCGCGCCCCGAGAAGGGGGCCUUUGUGCCCAGCGAGCUCCCGCCGGUGGACGCUGGCGACUACACCACUCCCUCCAGGCCCUGGGACGUAGCCCAAGAUAAGGGGAGCGCGUUCAUUCUCGGGGGUGUCUACGGGGAGCUCAAGGCCUUCGCGAGCGACGGGGAGUGGGCGGUGGUGCCCCCCGGCCACCCGAAGGGCAGCCUGCUGCAGGGCGCCGCGUCCGACGUGGUGACGAUCGCCGGGACGGACGUCUUCACGACCCCGGGGGGCGGCGGCGCCCCCGGCCACAGGCAGCUGUGGAGACCUUGCGUGUCACUUGGGCAGAGCGACCAGCCGAAGCGUGGGGAAAAUGGGUUGAACAAGGGGCUCUCUUUUAUCUUCCAUGAAGACUUACUGGGAGCUUGCAGUGACUUCCAAGUGGAAGACCCUGGGCUUGAAUAUUCCUUCUCCUCCUUUGACUUGACCAAUCCAUUUUCACAAGUCCUUCAUGUAGAAUGUUCGUUUGAACCGGAAGGGAUUGCAUCUUUCAGCCCCAGUUUUAAGCCGAAAUCAAUCCUCUGCUCUGACUCAGACAGCGAGGCGCUGCACCCCAGGAUCUGUGGUGUUGACAGGACACAGUACCGGGCCAUUCGCAUCUCCCCUCGAACUCACUUCCGCCCAAUUUCUGCGUCUGAGCUGUCCCCGGGAGCAGGAAGCGAGUCGGAAUUUGAAUCUGAGAAAGAUGAAGCAAAUGUUCCCCUCCCUCCUCAGGCUGACGGGUUUGAGGAUGCACAGGCUGACCUCAAGCCGCUGGAGGAAGAUGCCGAGAAAGAAGGCCAUUACUACGGGAAGUCAGAGCUGGAGUCUGGAAAGUUCCUUCCCAGGUUGAAGAAAUCGGGGAUGGAAAAGAGUGCUCAGACGUCCCUGGACUCCCAGGAGGAAUCGACUGGGGCGCUUCCGGCAGGGGGGCAGAGUCCGUGUGUGGGGUGCAGCGCCGGCGACUCCCUGGAGAUCGGCCUGGGAAGUUCAGAAGCAAAUUGUAAAAUAAUGGCUCAGUGUGAGGAAGAAGUUAAUAAUUUUUGCAGUUGCAAAGCAGGUUGUCAGUUUCCUGCUUACGAAGAUGAUCCAGUUCCUCCAGGGCGGCUGGAAGAGCUCCCCGCAUUGAACACCGAUGUGCACGGGGUGAACAGAAGUCCGGAGAAGCAGACCUGGUGGGAGAAAGCCUUGUACUCUCCUCUCUUCCCCGCGUCGGAGUGUGAAGAGCCUUACACAAAAACCAGGGGCGGGAGUGGCCUAGAAGAGCAUCCAGAUGCUAAAGAAAUGCCCAGUAACGAAGAGCGUCUGGUAGAUUGUAAUAGGGUAAGUGGACUGUCCUGCUGCUUGUUCUUCACUUACAAACGGCCAUCGCGCCCCUCCCUGUCACUCAGGCCACUGCCCAGCGUCCCCAGGCUCCGGGCGUGACCUUCCUCCCCUGGCCUCGACCCCUGUGUGGCCCCCUCCUCACCUCCCGCUGCAGGGCCCCCAGAUUGCUGCCUCUCGCCUGCCCUGUUCACAGCCCCGGAGGGCACCGGUGGACACCCGGCACCGGCCCCCU